CGCCAUCCGGACCACAGUCCGGACCGCCAUCCGGACCACAGUCCGGACCGCCAGCCGGACCGCCAGCCGGUCUGGCAGCCGGACCGCCAGCCGGUCUGCCAGCCACCGGCAGCUUGGAGGCAGUCAGCUGGCCCGGCUGGACGGGCGUGCUGGACCAGCCGACCAUGUGGACCCUUCCCGCCCAGGAACAGUUCAUCAAAGACUACCUGGAGCUGUGCGAGCCGUCGGCGGCGACGCCGCUGCCCGACCCUGUGGCGCAGGCCGUGCAGGGCUACAUCAGCCGGGACCAGCCGACCGACCUGCGACUGCUGCGCUCGCGCCUGGCGCCCGCCUUUGUCAUCAUCAGCGCGCCGUUCACCGAGCCGUACCUGCUGGCAAUCCUGCUGGCUGAGCGGUACGACCUGACGAUCGUGACGGUGGACCAGCUGGUGUGGGAGGGCGUGCUGGCGCCCAGGAGCGGCGCCGCCCACCGUGCCCGCGACUUCCUCUGCGAUAGUACGAGGGCGGGCGCGCGCGCGCCGGCCGCCGCCAAACAGCCAGCCAAGAAGGGCCUGUCGAGCGCCAAGGCGAGCAACGGCCGCAAGCGGUCCGAGUCGACGUCGUCGCUGUCGCCGGCGCCGGACCUGCGCGACGUGCCGGUCAAGCCUCGCCCCAUGACGCCGGCCCUGCUCGGCGACCUGAUCGCCGCCCGCCUGAUGGAGCCGGACGUCAGUAAGGGCGUCGUCUUCUGGGACGUGCACAACAGCCAGUUCAGCGCCAGCGUCACCCACACGGUCAUGGCGCUGCUGCUGGGGCUCGGCAAGCGCAAGCACGCCUACUUCAUCACGCUGGACAACUCGGCGGCGCUGCACCGACUGGCCACACAGAAGCAGGACUCGGGCGACGAGGGACCGGACCAGCAGGCCGAGGCGACGCCGCCGGCCGAGGCGACGCUGCUGCUCUGCGACGAGGAGGAGUACGAAGAGCUGCCGGAACGCGACCGCGAACACGAUCCGGAGAAGAAGAGCCGCAAGGGCAAGGGCGCGCCGCUGCACAAGCAGGUGUCGCACCACACCAAGCUGACCAGCUCCGAGCAGUCGGACACGCGCAAGCCCUCCAUCCGCAAGCCGUCGGCGAUGAGCAGGAGUAGUCUUCGGCGCUCGGAAAUGUCGAUAGAGCCACACGACAAGAAGCGGCGCGGCUUGCCCAAGAAAAAGGGCGAUGAAGACCAGAGUACGUGA